AUAAGCGCCGAAAAUAUGUAAUAUUUAAUAUGAAUAAAAAAUUAAAAAUAUGUAGAACUUAUAAAAAUAUGUAAUACGAACAGACGAAUAGUUUGUGCGACGAUUGAAAAGUCCGGCCAUACACGACGUGGUUUACCAGGAAUUUUUACUUGUACAGGUUUUGAAAACUGUUCAGUUUUCGAGAAAGAAUUGAAAAUUUAUAUUUUCUACCUGUACAGUUUUGCAUAUCGGAACGUAUGCAUGGUUUAACUGACAACUGAACAGGUUUUAGACAUUUCAGUUUUGUUUUGCAUGCAUGCCAUGGUGACAGAUGAGGUUAACUGAUGGUUCAAAGUUUAAACCUGAUAAUUUAUCCCAACGUGUGUGUGCGCAUUGCAUGUACAGGUAAACCUGUACUUUUUAACUGCACAGUUUACUUCUGCAGGCAAGAUGUAUCGUGUAUGGCCAACCUAACCGUCAUUCUUUCGUAUCUGGUAUCUAAGUUACUAUUAACAUCCAGCUAAUCCAAUAAAAGUCCGAUAAAUAUCAACAGAUUAUCGUUCUAAUAUUAUCAAUCGAUUAUAAUUGGCAACGUUGGAAAAAAAGAUUCGAGCGUUCUCAAUCGUGUUACUAAAAAUAACGUUCUCAUUCGUAUUUUACCGGUUGUGAUCUGUAAAUUGAAAGUAUGUAAAAAAAAUUAUUUUAUUAUAAUAACAUUCAAGCUAAACUAGUUUGUUUCGGAAAAAAUAAAAUAAAUUUUACUUUUAAUAUUUUUUUACAUUAUUAGUGUUAAUAUAAUCACUUUGUAUGUAUUACUAUAUUAUACCACUACUCUUAAAUUGUUAUCUGAGAAAAUAUACAUGUAUAAAUUUAAAUACACUUAAUGUUGAAUAAACUAAAAGUCACUGAUCAUUUCAUUACUUGUGUGUGUUUUUGUUUUUUGUUACGAGUUUGUUUUACGAGUACAUAAUAUGUUUAGUAAUACUAGAAUAAUGUUGUCAAUAUGUUGUAUUAAGCUACUGUUAACUGUUUGGGCAUUUCAGUAUUCUACAGCAUCUAAAUCUCAAACAUUACUGUUAGUGAAAGAGAUCAAUAAUCAAAUUACUAUAAAAUCUUUACCUUACUACGCCAAGCCAGAAGAGAUAAUUAUUGGUAAGGCCAAAUAUAUUGACGGUAUCAACAGCACGGGAUGGGGUUACUUACAGAUCAAAACUUCAUAUAAUGCCUCGGAUGUGGAUCAAGCGUACGGAGGGUAUUUAGAGCGAUUGAUGACCGCUGAUCUAAUAUAUAGUCAUUGGUAUAAUACGGCCAGAAGAUAUUGCACUGAUCGAUCAGAUGUAUGCAAAGACUUAAAAGAUUACAUUAUUACCAAUAAGAAUUGGAUUGAAUCGAAAUUGAACGAUUUCGACCCAUAUUGGUACCAAAUAUGCAUUGGCUUGUAUUACAAACAACUUGAUGGGUUGUAUAACGGAUAUAUGUUCGGAAAGUCACACAGAACGCCUAAUUUGACGUUGGACAACUUAUACUGGUUAAAUGUCCUAAAUGAUUUAGGUGAUAUUUCGGUUGCUUUGAAUCCAUCGAUGGAAGAGCGCAAGGUCUUAGGAAGCGGAUCAUGUUUUGCUCUCAUUAAAUUGCUACCAGGAAACAAAGAUCUUUUGGUGUCACAUGUUACGUGGAGUGGAUACGAAACGAUGUUGAAAAUACAGAAGAGGUACAGCUUAAAGUUUAGAGAGAGUAAAACGUCCAGAAAACUUAUAGGUGGGUACGAGAUGUCAUUCAGUUCGUUUCCUGGAGGCAUUCAAUCGGGAGACGAUUUUUAUCUGAUUUCCUCGGGUUUGGCUACGUUGGAUACCACCAAUGAUAGUUACAAUAAGUCUCUAUGGUCUAACGUAAAACCAGCUGGCCAGAUUAUGGAAUUUAUGAGGGCAAUGAUCGCAAACCACUUGGCUCGAAACACAAUGGAAUGGAUUCAACUGUUUAAACAGUAUAACAGUGGCACGUACAACAACCAAUGGAUGAUCGUUAACUACGGGGCCUUCCAGCCAGGAAGCCCGAUACGAAAUAAAAGCUUACUCCAUGUUCUUGAACAGAUGCCCGGUUAUGUGGUGCACGAUGACUUAACUACUCAUCUAGUCAAUCAGACGUACUGGGCUAGUUACAAUAUUCCGUUCUUUCCUUUUAUAUUCAACAUAAGUGGUUCGAGAAAGAUGGAAAAAAAAUUCGGUGAAUGGUUUUCUUAUUCCGGCACACCACGGGCACGUAUAUUUGCCAGAGAUCACAACAACGUUCACUGUGAUAAAUGCAUCAUACAUGUCAUGAGAUCCAAUGACUUCAAACACGAUCCGGAAUCUAGAUGUAUGAACUGCAAUCCUCCAUAUUCGGCGGAAAACGCAAUAUCGGCCAGAAAUGAGAAUCUCGCCAACGGUACGUAUCCCAUACCAGCAAUGCGCCAUCGAUCACACGGAGCCACGGACGUUAAAGUAACUUCAUCUGGGCUAUUUGAAUAUUUACAAUUUAGUGCCAUAGCUGGACCGACUCAAGGUACAAAUUAUAGUUUUGGACCAUUUUGCUGGAGCAAAUCGGAUUUCAAUAACGUUAGUCAUCUAGGUCAGCCUGACUGUUUUAAUUUCAGUUCAGUAACACAUGAAUGGAGCUUCUGAAUUUAUUUAACAGCACAUGCACAAGCGCAAUGCUAUGUAAUGUAUAAUGCUAUAUUGUUAUAAACAAGUAUAUUAUUGUAGAUUAACAAUUACGUACAGUUAUGUGAUUACUAUCAGUGCAAAUAAAUACGUCAAGAUUAUGUGUAUACUU